AUGCUUAAAGAAGAGAACUAUAAUGAAUCAAAAACCUCUCUUGAAACACCAAAAUUAUUAUCAAUUGUGGAUAGUUUUAUAGAAUCUUAUCAGUAUGGACUUACAAAUGAUCAUUCUAUUAUGAUACCUUCAUAUGUAUCGAGACUUCCUACUGGGAAAGAAAUGGGAACAUAUUUUGCUUUAGACCUCGGAGGGACCAAUUUGCGAGUUGCUGCAGUAACAUUGUUAGGUGAUGGAAAGACAAGUGUAGAACAAAGAAUAUAUGUCAUCCCUGAUCACUUAAAAAUGGGAACGGCCGAAGAGUUAUUUGAUUGGAUCGCAUCAAUAACUCAAGAGUUAUUGGAAUCACUUAGUUCGAAGGUUGUUAAUACCAAUAAUGAUAAAAUGUUUAUGGGAGUGACCUUCAGUUUCCCUAUAGAUCAAACAGCUAUCGAUCGUGGUAAAGUUAUGCGUAUGGGCAAAGGAUUUAAAGUGAUCGGAUUAGAAGGAAAAGAUCCUGUUGAACUUUUACAACAAGCUUAUAACCGAAAGGGAAUAAAUAUUCAUAUUUCAGCAAUAGUAAAUGAUAGUGUUGGAACUUUAGUUGCCAAUGCAUAUAAAGAUCAAAAUACUAUUGUAUCAGUAAUUCAAGGGACUGGAACUAAUGCUGCUUGCAUAGUUCAAAUAGGUUCUAUUAAAAAAAAAAAAUUUCCACCGGGAUUUCCUGAAUAUAUGAUUAUAAAUACAGAAUGGAGUUUAGUGGGUGCCGAUUUUUUACCAUUUACAAAAUAUGAUAAAUUAUUAGAUGAACAAAGUGAUUCGCCUGGAUUUCAACCAUUUGAAAAAAUGACAAGUGGAAUGUAUUUAGGUGAAUUGGUUAGAUUAGUAAUUGUAGAUUAUGUAGAAAAUUUUGGAUUAUUUGAAGGUAAAUUACCUGAAGAACUUGGAAUAAAAUAUAAUUUCAAAACUACUCACAUGUCUGAUAUUGAAAGUAAAGAUUGCACUGGGACAUUAAAAGUUUUAACAAAAAAUUUCACUUUUAUUAAUAAUCCGAGUAUUGAAGAUGCAGGUAUUAUAAAAAGAAUUGUUCAAAAAUUUUCAAGACGUUCGUGUCAACUUCAAGCGGCGGCAAUUGCAUCUUUGAUAAAACUUCAAUGCCCAGAAUUUCCUGAAGUUGAAAGAGAAAUUCGAGUUGCUAUUGAUGGCUCAAUAUUUCAUCAUUAUUUUAAAUAUUCUAUCUUGGUGAGUAAAGCUAUGAAAGAUAUUCAACAAAUAAAAGAAGCUAAAAAGAUCAAAUUAAGUGGAAUUUUCGAUGGUGGAUGUAUUGGCGCUGCCAUAAUUGCAAUGAUGUAUUCACGAUAG